AGAGUUGACAUGGGGGUUACACCGGGCCGGAACCUGAAGUCGUCGGCCGGAUAGCCGACAACAUACUCGAAGGCCUUGUUGAAAAUGGGCCAAAGUUCGAUGCCGAACGGCCGGUCGACGGUUGGGACCGGCAGCUUGUCAAGGAGAGUCGCCGCCAUUGUCAAAUCGAGGGGCAAUCAUACCUAAUGAUGCAAAAAGACUCUACACGCGACACGUUUAAACGCCGGAUUGAAGAGUCCAGCAACCGGUCAGCAGCCAAAAAGAACGAACUGGCCCUGACUGGAGAAGGAAUGAUUAAAAACGAAGUGAAAAAGAAGAAAGCCGAGGCGAAGACACCCAACAGCCGGAACUUGAGACGUGAUGUUGGGGAGAAAUCGCCGGUGGGAAGUAAUGAUGGGGUUCCAGAAAGGUUGACCUACGGGGAGUCCCAAAUAUUUUCAGGUCGGCGCAAAAGGGGAAGGAACCUCGAGCCUCUCAGCAAUGCCCUUGGCCUCAUUUCCAAGUUCCUGCAUGUGAGGUUUUACCAGCCAAUCAGGUUCCGCCUGCCAGCAUGCCAGAUCUCGACCCACAACCAGCAAUCCUGGACCUCGGAUCUCGUUGCUCUUUCUUCACCGGAGAUGAGAACGGGGAAUCCCAGAGCAGAUGGGAAAGAUCGCGAUCAGUGCGUAGGGCUAGAAGCGACGACUGGUAUGAUGGCCGAGAUUCAUCAAACAGCAACGACUCGCGCACCCCCGACCGCGGUCCCAGAGUCAUAGGUAGUGUGUACUCGACAAAGACAUUGAGUUCUCUUGAGAUAUCUCCGUCAAUCGAGUUUCAGAUAAUGUCACGGAAGCAAAGAACAAUCAAAAGUGCCUAGCCAACAAGCCGCGUCGCGUGCAACGAAAGCUGUCCAUUGGCCAAUGCAGCU